AUGCAGGAUUUGCAGGUUGAUGAUUUAAUUGAUGGAGUUGUUCCUAAUAUAAUAUCUGAUGACCUGAAUCAUUUGCUUACUAUGCUUCCUAGUCCUCAAGAAAUCUUUCAAGCUGUCUGCUCCUUGAAAAAAGAUAGUGCCCCUGAUGUAUUAGAAUUUUUUACUAAAGAUUGGUUGCUUCCUAAUUUCAACUCUAACACCAUUGUUCUUAUUCCUAAAGUCCCUCAUGCAUUGUCAGUUACCCAAUACAGGCCAAUAGCUUUUGCUAAUUUCAAAUUCAAGAUUAUUUCCAAAAUCCUAGCAGACAGGUUGGCACCCAUCAUGAAGAAUAUCAUAUCUACUCAGCAGAGAGGUUUUAUUCAAGGAAGAAACAUCAGAGAUUGUGUUUGCGUUGCUUCAUAA